AUGCCCAGCAAUAGUUCGAAAAAUUCACAUAAUUCGGAUGUCCCGAAAAGUCAAUCACGGAACAAAGAAAGACAUCCAGCGGGAGAAGAAGCUAAUGAGGAGACAUUCAUAAAUGCUAUUAAUGAUGGUGGAAUUUCAUAUGGUACCGUGUCGCGAACCAAUGCAUACGCACCAAUCAAAACUGGAGAGCAAGUACACGGAAAACACCCUUUACGACGACGAGAAUCUGUUAUAGAAGAAGAAAAUAACGAAGAUCUACAAAUCGAGAUCCCAGCUACCGAGCCGGAAAAGGAGGGGCCUGUAGCUUGGAGUAGUUUGCCGCAUAAAAGACAAUUGGCUAUUCUUACUUGCGCGAGGUUAUCCGAGCCCCUUGUACAGACUAGUUUGAGGAGCUAUCUAUUCUACCAAUUAAAAUCUUUCGAUCCCUCACUACCAGAUUCGACCAUUGCAUCACAGGCAGGUAUUAUGGCUGGGUCAUUUGCCUUGGCCCAAUUAACUACUGCUAUAAUGAUCGGUGGUGCACUCAAUGGAAAUGUAGGUGUGAUGAGAACCAUGAUUAGCGAGAUUGUCAAGGAAAAGAAAUAUCAGAGUCGUGCUUUCUUAAUAUUACCAAUGUGCGGUAAUAUCGGAACUAUCAUUGGUCCCAUCUUAGGUGGUCUCUUAGCCGAUCCAGCAGGAAGUUAUCCAAGUGUGUUCGGAGGUAUCAAAUGGUUAGAAAAGUAUCCAUAUGCACCUCCGAACUUGCUUAGUGCCUUGUUUCUUGCCUCCGCCUGCCUUGCGGUCAUAUUUGCUUUAGAAGAAACACAUGAACUGUAUGCCCACCAAGAGGAUUGGGGCAUCAAUGCCGGCCGAGCUGUCAAGCAUUUCUUCCGCCGUCUUCGAAGAGGAAACAUCAGCAAGGGUGAUUAUACUGCUAUUUCAAGCAAUGCAUCUUCGCCAACUAUCGGGCUUACGCCAAUUACUCCUAAAUCUCCCAAGCGAGUAGCUCCUCGGUAUACGAAUCGACUACCGUUCCGUCAGAUUUUCACACAUAAUGUGGUGUGCACUUUAGUCUCCCAUGCCUUACUAGCAUUCUCGAUGGGAACUUUCCAGAGUAUCUGGUACUCGUUCCUCAGCACCUCCGUCUACAAUCCCUUGCAACCUUCAAAAUCUCUUCCAGCAGACUACACCCCACAUCCACCUUUCAAAUUCACCGGCGGAAUCGGUCUUCCGCCCCGCGACGUUGGUCUCGCCAUGUCUAUUCUAGGCAUGAUUGGUAUAACCAUGCAACUGUUCCUAUACCCCAUAGUAAACACCCGUCUAGGCACCGUCCGCAGCUGGCGCAUUUUCCUCUACGGUUUCCGAAUCGCCUACACCCUCGCACCCUUCCUAUCCCUAAUCCCAUCCUCCUCUCCACCCCCGUCCCAAAAAACCGGCCCCAUAAUCUGGAUCUCUCUAACCUUCGUCCUCCUAAUCCAAACCAUCUCUCGUACUUUCGCUGGCCCAGCAACCACAAUCCUCAUCAACAAUUGUUCACCACAUCCCUCUGUCCUCGGUACUAUUCACGGAAUAGGACAAACCGCCAGCAGUGCGGCGAGAACUGUAGGACCUGCUCUAGGCGGUUAUCUUUACGGAUUAGGAUUAAGUCAUGGAUAUGUAGGGCUCGUGUUUUGGGUUUUGGCGGGAAUGGCAGGUGUGACUUGUUUGGCGAGUACGUUUGUGAGGGAGGGUGAUGGACAUGAGAUUAUUUUGGAGGGAGAUAGGGAGGCAGAGGAGGAAGCGAGGGUUAGGAAUAGGGAGUUGGGGUUUAAUGUUUAA